AUGCUUCCACUAUGUUCGGUAGUUGGCUCUGUCAAUGGCACCUCUGUGUUCGAGAAGGGGAUAGUGCCUAGCUGCUACCCUAGGCCUGUCGAGUUGGCCAACACCAUGAUAUUUAAUUUGGGCUCAGCCUUCAUUCACUUUGGUGCUCUAUUGGUGGUGCUUAUAAUCAUCUUCAACGUCAGAAGCAAAUACACCGCUAUUGGCAGGUCUGAGCUUCUCCACUUUUUCUACUUAUACUUGGCCUUGACUAUCAGCUCGCUUGUGGUUGAUUGCGGAGUGACUCCUCCAGGGUCCUCCAGUUACGCCUGGUUUGUUGCGCUUCAGCUAGGUAUUGUGGGUGCCUUGUGUAUUUCAUUGCUAUAUAAUGGUUUCACCUGUUUUCAGUUCUGGGAGGAUGGCCUGACUCGGUCGAUGUGGGUAUUGCGAAUCAUCAGUAUUGUGUGGUUUGUGGUGAACUUUAUUGUGGCCAUGGCCACCUUCAAACUGUGGGGCCCAGCUUUGAACGACCGCUCAACUACUGCGCUUUUCGUUGUUUCAUACGUGCUAAAUGCCAUCAUUUUGGCACUCUACGUGGUGUCUCAGCUUGUACUCGUGUUCUUUGCCCUUGACUCGUGGUGGCACUUGGGCGCCAUUGUUUUGUUCUGCUUUUUCUUCAUUGUGGGGCAAGUUCUCAUGUACGCUGUUAACAAGCAGAUAUGCGAAGGCACGAAACACUACGUCGAUGGUGUGUUCUUCGCUACAGCAUGCAACUUGUUCGCUGUCAUGAUGAUCUAUAAAUUCUGGGACAUGAUCACAGUAGACGACCUCGAGUUUUCUGUUGCAAACGUGGAGCAAGGCGUCACUGCCUUUGGUGAGCAGGAAAAGAGGUAUAGUACACUUUUUUAG